CGGCUCCCGCGCGGUAAACACGGAGCGCGUGCCGGGCUGACGUGGGGGCCUGAACGUCGUGCGCGCGACAAACUACGCAAGAACGAAGAGACAACUCCCAAAGGAUGGGGCCAUCAGCCCUACGGCCCUGGCGGGUCCCUUGGGAGAACCCUCAAAGAUGCUGUUUGGGGCAGGAAGUGGACCUAAAGUCCUUCUGGACUCAUCGCCGCCUGGGAGGCCUGGCUGCGGGAAACGGAGACAAGUUUUCUCUCUGUGCUAUGGGAGAUGUCAAAGAAUCAAAAAUGCAAAUAACACCGGAAACUCCAGGAAGGAUCCCAGUUUUGAAUCCUUUCGAAAGUCCUGGUGAUUAUUCUAAUCUCCAUGAACAAACGCUCUCCAGUCCUUCUGUUUUUAAAUCAACGAAAUUACCAACUCCAGGGAAAUUUAGAUGGUCUAUUGAUCAACUAGCUGUAAUAAAUCCGGUAGAAAUAGACCCAGAAGACAUUCAUCGUCAAGCUUUAUACUUAAGUCAUUCUCGAAUAGAUAAAGAUGUGGAAGACAAAAGACAAAAAGCCAUUGAAGAGAUCCCCACCAGCCUGGCCUGUCCCCAGCUUUGUCAAGCUCCCUUCUGUGCACCCUUUUUCACAAAAGAUGUCAUUGUACCCUCUCCUUGGACUGAUCAUGAAGGGAAACAGCUUUCAGAGUAUCAUUCCAGUAAAUGUAUUAACAUAACUAGUGAAUCUCCAGUUGGAAGAAAGCUUACCAUCCAUGCUGAGAAAAGCAAUGCUGCUUGUCAGACAUUGCUGUCUCUUCCUGUGGAUUUUAAUUUAGAAAAUGUAUUAGGUGACUAUUUUAGAGCUGAUGAAUUUUCAGAUCAGUCUCCUGGAAACCUCAGUUCUUCAUCCCUCAGAAGAAAGCUAUUUUUAGAUGGCAAUGGAAGUAUUUCUGACUCCUUACCUCCAGCUUCUCCCAGAAGUCCUCGCAGUGGUGCUCAAGCCUCACUUGAGGUUUUUUAUUCGAUAGAUUUAUCUCCUGUACGGUGUAGGAGCCCUGUGCAGACCCCAAGUUCGGGGCAGUUUUCUUCCAGCCCUAUUCAGGGGAGCACAAAAAAAUACAGUUUGGGAAGUAUAACCAGCCCUUCACCUAUUUCUUCACCCACUUUCUCGCCAAUUGCACUUCAAAUAGGAAAGACUCCGCUCUCGGAACAAAGGAAGUUUACUUUUCAUUCUCCUGAUAAUUCGUCUGGAACAACAAAUUCUAACGGAAUUACUAAUCCAUGCAUCAGAAGUCCUUAUAUAGAUGGUUGCUCACCAAUUAAGAAUUGGUCUCCAAUGAGACUCGAAAUGUGUACGGGUAGUACUCAGUAUCGGACCUCACUGAUUCGGAUACCCUUUCCUCUUGAGGCUCACGGUGAAAAUGAAGACCAAGUGAAUCUUCCUCCCACGGAUGCCUCAUCACCAGCCAUGGACACCGCUGCACACCUGCGGCAGUUGGACAGUGACACUUCUCCACGUGGCACACGUGUAGUAGUGACCGCCAUGUCUAUCACACAGAAUCAGUCCAGUGCUUCUGAGAAAGAAUUAGCACUGUUGCAGGAUGUUGAAAGUGAGAAGGAGAACAACACUGUGGACAUGGUUGAUCCUGUAGAGAUAGCAGAUGAGAACACUUGGAUUAAGGAGCCAGUUGAUAAUGGGAGUUUGCCCAUGACUGAUUUUGUGAGUGGGAUUGCCUUCAGUAUUGAAAACUCUCACAUAUGCAUGUCACCUCUUGCAGAAAGCAGCGUCCUUCCUUGUGAAAGCAGUAACAUUCAGAUGGAUAGUGGCUAUAACACACAGAAUUGUGGAAGCAAUAUUAUGGAUACGGUUGGAGCAGACAGUGAUGCACAAACCUUGGAAGUUGAGAAUAAAUCUCAAGUUCUUAAUACAAAGGAAGACCGCAUAACACAGAGGUGUUGAAUGAGAACAGCAAAUCCUCCCAAGGCAGCAGUCCAUAGAAUAACUUCUCAGAACCAAAGACCAUCAGUGAAUGGCUCCUCACAUAUUUUUUACGCACAGGAUCAAUAAUGUGAUCGUGAUUGGGAAAAAGUUGCUUUAACUAACAGGUUUAGCUUUUCUUCUUUCCCCCUUAAUGUGAAAAAUCAAGGGCUUAAUUUAGUGACAUGGGAACAACAGAAAAACUCCUGGAACUUUCAAGUCAUUGAAGUACAAGUGUAUUUUUUAUUAAUAAAUAUUUUUGUACUUACCUUGA